AAAGGACUCCUGGAAAGGCAUGCGGGUGUGUGUGUGACCCCUGAGCCACCACACACGACAAAUUAAUGAGAUGGCAGCAAGAUGAGGUACAGACACACCACACUAAACUGACCCGCCUUUGACUGCUAAACUUGUGACUGCUGCUGCCUGUGUGCUGUUCGUUGCAGGUCAUCUUCGAUCCGCUGGCCUCCCAGCGGCCAUUUCCACCCUCCCCGGAAGAAGAAACACAAGGCAGAUGAGUCACCCCUCCCGUCAUCCUCCGACUCCCCCCUGCCCUCGCCCAUCCCCCUCCCGGCCCUCCCGCUCUCAUCCCACCACACCGUGACGGCAUGGCUGCUGCCGCGCACCCUCACACUGCUCACCUCUGUCGUCGCGCUUCUCGUCCUCUCGCACCUGGUCGUGGAGCUCUUUCACAAAGGCGGGGAGAGAGAGGAGGGAGCCGGUAGUGGUUUUGCGGAUGGUUUUUCGACGAUCCAUGGGCAUGGUGCCAGUGGUGCGGUCAAGUUGUUGGGCCAGGUGCGUGAGCUGAUGGACGAGGGGGCCCGGGUCAUCGAUGCCAUGGAGGAGACCAGGAAGGAGGCAGAGGCAAUGCGCGGAAGGGCCAACCAACUCAGUACGUCCGCGGAGAAAGAGAGGAGGCCGGGCGGGGCGAGAUAUCCGCUGUCUGUCUGUCUGUCUGAUGUGUGGUUUGUGUGUGUGUGUGUGUGUGUGUUGCAGUUGUGAGUGCAUCCCAGUUGUCGUCCAACACGACGGUCGAUUGCUCAACGCUCCCAACAUCCAUCCACUCAGUCAGCCUCAACGCCCACGAGAUUAGCGCCCUCCAAUCGCUGAUAAGACCAGACGUAAGGGGCCACACCACAGCACAGCACAUCUUAUCUGUGUGUACGCCGCGCUGUGUGUCGUGGAUAUAGUCGGUGUAUUUCGAGUGGGGUGCGGGGGGCUCUUCGCUGGCUGCGGCGGCCACGGCGGGCGAGUCAUGGUCAGUCGAGAACGCCCUCAAGCUGUGCUCCUCACUGCGGGCCGACCAGCGGUGGUCAUGCUUCGAGCGGUCGGGGAAGCUCCACCUCAUGUGCCUCGACGGCGGCAAAACCGACAAAUUUGGUACGUGCGUCAGAGGGCAGGAUGGGUGACAGCAAGACAACACACACACACACACACACAGACACAAAGACACAUGGCCGGUGUGUGGUUGGAUGUGUGUGUGUGGUCACUCAGGUGUGCCCCGGAGUGAGACUCAGGAGUUCACGCAGCAGUACGUCGAGGCCAUCGGCCGGCCAGGCAGGGCCCACUUCGACGUCAUAUUUGUCGACGGGCGCUACAGAGUGGCGUCCGCCCUCCAUGCCCUCAGCUACAUGAACCACACGGACUCCGUGCUCGUGCUCAACGACGCCGACCGGCCCGAGUACGCGCCAAUCAGUGUUUUCUAUGACACUGAGGUGCGUGUGGGGCGGAUGGCCGUGAUGCGACCUAAGGCUGACGUCCUGGCGGACAGUGAGAUACGAGAGUAUGUGCAGAGGGAAUACCUGAGACACCUGGAGGUGUCUAUGUAGCCAGAGACACUGACAGGCAGUGUGUGCGUCUCCACACGUGUGCGUCGUGCUGGUGUGGUUUUCCGAUUCCUUGAUUGCUUGGCUGGUUGCUGAGGGCUGGCUGGGCGGAGGUUUAGUAGCGGGCCGGUCAAUGUGUGUGUGCGUCUUUGUAUUCACCGGACAUGGCGCCAAUCUUGUAAUGAAGCUUUGUGUGUCA